AUGGAUAUUGGAAAAUUAUAUUUAAUUUUGGUUAUUUGGUUAGUCUUCUUUUUAGACCUCACUUCUGCCAUAAGUCUAAUAGGACUGAAAUACAACUACAACAUUCAGUUCAAUCGUCGCAAUCGCACAUACAAGAUACAACUGAAUGAAAACAAUGUUUCUUUCUUUAAACCAGUCCCGCUGUUUACAAUACUUGAAGCGAAAAAUUGCUCUGAUCUCAUUAUCAAUUUCCAAAAAGAUAAAGGUUUCAAAUACGAAAUAAGGAACUGUACUUUUUAUGCCACACAAUCUUUUGACUACGAAAAACCAGAUGAACAAAGUUAUAUGUUUAAAAUUAUAUCAGUUUUUUUCAACGAAAAGCCCGUCUCGGUUAUUCUCAAUAUUAACAAUGUCGACGAUGAAGCCCCGUCCUUGGAAAUUACCGAUUGCUAUUUUGAAGAAAACGUAAUGUACACAAAUAGAAACAGUCCAUGUAUACUAAAAGUGACAGAUCCUGAUGGCUUUUUACAAUAUUUGGACUUUCAAAUAUCUGGAUCUAGACACGAAGAAGAUUUGUUUGAUUUUACGAUGAUUCCUUUCGAAAUCGAAGACACACGUAAAGAGGCAGAAGUUGUAUUGUCACCAAUAACAGAAUUGAAUAGAGAAGAAGCUAAGUCAUAUUGUUUCGUCAUUUCUGCAACAGACACUGGUGGAAAUACUAAAAGUGUAUUGGCCCGUAUAUUGAUCAAAGAGAGACCAAAUAUAACAGAUUCAAUAUUUUACAAAAUCUAA